AAAAAAAAAAAGAAAAAAAAAAGAAACAGAAUGAUGUGGUUUUGACUGUUUCAAAGAAUAUUUGGGUGGUGAAGCUAAAAAAAGGAAUUUCAAUUGGCCAAAAAUGUUCGCAGCAACCAUUUGUUGGGUGAUCUCAUCAAUGGUGGAUAAAAAUAACAAAUUGGUUUGGGGAAACCCAUAAUAGAGACUCCUUUUUAGAAAUCCUUUAGCUUUGUGUUGCUUUCUUUUCUUUUUUGAUUCAGACCUCCUCACCCAGGAGGGAAUGGAGAUCAAAGAAAAGAAGAGAAUUUCAAGCUUCUCCUCCUCUCCAUUUAUGUCAUCAUCUUCUUUGAUGGCUUUCCUCCUGGUUUUCCUCUGCUUCAUCCUUUACGCCCCCAUCGCCGCAUUCGCCCUCGGCCCUGGCUCCGGCGUCUCCUUCAUUCCUAAAGACAACUUUCUCCUUGACUGUGGUGCCACAAAGGAACUUGGUGCACUCCCUGAUGGAAGAGUGUUCAAAACUGAUGACCAAUCCCUGCAGUUCCUAGAUGCCAAGGAUGAGAUGGUAGCCGCCGCCCCACCCGAUACAAACGCCCCAUCCCCCGUCGAUUUGACAGCCAGAGUCUUCCUCCAAGAAGCUGCUUACCAUUUUCAGAUGGCUGAGCCUGGAUGGCAUUGGCUGCGCCUCCAUUUCUUGCCUGUUAAAACCAAUGACUUUGAUCUCUUGGAGGCCAAAUUUUCAGUUGUCACUGAAAAGUAUGUGUUGCUUCACAGCUUCAACAUCAACAAUGAAUCCACAUUUGUUCUCAAGGAGUUUCUACUUAAUAUCACUGAACCAAAACUCUCAAUCAAGUUCCUUCCAAUGAAGAAUUCAGCUGCUUUCAUCAGCGCCAUCGAGGUCGUUUCUGCUCCGGAGGGCAUGAUCUCCGACUCCAACAUGGAGCUGUCUCCAGUCGGGAUGGUCGACGGCCUAAGCAAAUAUGCAUUUCAGACAGUGUAUAGGCUGAACAUGGGAGGUCCUGUAAUCACUCCAAGAAAUGACACUCUUGGGAGGACAUGGGAGCGAGAUGAAGCUUACAGGAAACCUUUAGCUGCUGGAAAGAAUGUUGUUGUUCAGACCAACAGCAUCAAAUAUCAAGACGGCCUGGAAGAAAUUGGGAAGUUAAUUGCGCCUCCAAGUGUUUAUGCAAGUGCAGUUCAAAUGGGAGAUGUUCAAUCCAUGGAACCAAAUUUCAAUAUCACAUGGAGAUUUGAGGCAGAUCCCUCAUUUGGGUAUCUAAUUCGCUUCCAUUUCUGUGACAUUGUCAGCAAAGUUCUAAACAAUCUGUAUUUCAAUGUUUAUGUAAAUGGGAAGGCUGCCAUAACCAACUUGGAUUUGUCACACAAGCUAGGAGUUUUGGCAACUGCAUACUACCAGGAUGUUGUGAUUAAUUCUUCCUUCAUUGUAGAGGGAUUGACAAUUCAGAUUGGUCCAGCGAAUGUCGAUACGGGCGAUGCGAAUGCAAUUCUAAAUGGGUUAGAGGUAAUGAAAAUAAGCAAUUCUGUUAAUAGUCUGGAUGGAGAGUUUGGAGUGGAUGGUAAGUCUGCAAAUGGGUCAAACCGUGGCACGGUUGCUGCUGUUGGGUUCGCGAUGAUGUUUGGGGCGUUUGUCGGGCUCGGUGCGAUGGUGAUGAAAUGGCACAAGAGACCUCAAGAUUGGCAGAAGAGGAACAGUUUCUCUUCAUGGUUGCUUCCUGUACAUGCUGGUGAUUCAAGCUUUAUGACAAGCAAGACCUCAUAUGGUUCACACAAGACCAACACUGGUUUAGGCCUUGGCAGGUUCUUCACUUUGGCAGAGCUGCAAGAAGCAACCAAGAACUUUGAUUCCAAUGCAAUAAUUGGUGUUGGUGGGUUUGGAAAUGUGUACCUUGGAGUGAUUGAUGAAGGCACCAAAGUUGCUGUAAAAAGAGGAAAUCCACAAUCAGAACAAGGCAUAACAGAGUUCCAAACAGAAAUUCAAAUGCUUUCAAAGCUAAGACACAGGCAUUUGGUUUCUUUGAUUGGAUACUGUGAUGAAAACUCAGAAAUGAUCUUGGUAUAUGAGUUCAUGUCAAAUGGCCCAUUCAGAGAUCACUUGUAUGGAAAGAACUUGUCUCCGUUGUCGUGGAAGCAAAGGCUCGAGAUCUGUAUCGGAUCGGCUCGAGGUCUUCAUUACCUGCACACAGGAUCAGCACAGGGAAUCAUUCACCGUGAUGUCAAAACAACCAAUAUUUUGCUCGACGAGAACUUCACUGCAAAAGUUGCGGAUUUCGGGCUGUCAAAGGAUGCGCCAAUGGGGCAGGGACAUGUUAGUACUGCAGUGAAGGGGAGUUUUGGAUACUUGGAUCCAGAGUACUUUAGGAGGCAACAGUUGACAGAGAAAUCAGAUGUUUAUUCGUUUGGGGUUGUUCUACUUGAGGCUUUGUGUGCAAGGCCGGCAAUCAACCCAUCUUUGACAAGGGAACAAGUGAACUUGGCUGAUUGGGCAAUGCAGAACAAGAGAAAAGGGACAUUGGAAAAGAUCAUGGAUCCUCUUCUAGUUGGAGCCAUAAGUCCUGAUUCUAUGAAGAAGUUUGCAGAAGCAGCAGAGAAGUGUCUUGCAGAACAUGGUGUCGAUAGGCCAAGCAUGGGGGAUGUGCUGUGGAAUUUGGAGUAUGCAUUACAACUUCAAGAGUCAUUCUCAAAAGGCAAGGCAGAAGAAGAAACCAAACCCGAAGCUACAGCACCUGUCACCCCCACCUCCGCUACUCCUACCGCUGUCGACGAUUCGACAGAUGCACCAAACUCCGACAACUGCCCUGCUGCCGUGAAGCCAGAACAGAACAGGCAACCGGCAGAGGUCCAAAACCAAACCAUUGAUGAUCACUCCGGCAGUGCAAUGUUUGCUCAUUUUUCUAAUCUCAACGGUAGAUGAUGAUACAAAACUUGGCGGGCUGUGAAACAACAAUGCCUAAACACAUAUGUCAUGAAGGUUUAAUUGUGGAGUUGGGUGAGUUUGGAUAGGCUAAUCUGCAUUCAACCUGUGUUCCUUAUCUUUUCUUUUCUUUUCAUUUCUUAUGUGGGAGUGUCUGAUUGUUUGAGUCAGAAAGGAAAAACAAAAAAAAAA